GGUGGGGACGGGGCGGGGCGCAGCGUUGCGGAGCCUUGGCCCAGCUCUGGGGAGGGGGCGGCCGAAAGGGGGGCGGUGGCCGGGCCGCGCAGGCGGAGAUGGAAUGGGGCCCCGGCUCAGACUGGUCGCGGGGGGAGGCUGCCGGCGUGGACCGUGGGAAGGCGGGGCUGGGGCUCGGCGGGAGGCCCCCCCCGCAGCCGCCCCGGGAUGAGCGCGCCCAGCAGCUGCUGGACGCCGUGGAGCAGCGGCAGCGGCAGCUCCUGGACACCAUCGCCGCCUGCGAGGAGAUGCUGCGGCAGUUGGGCCGCCGGCGCCCGGAGCCAGCUGGUGGCGGGAACGUCCCAGCCAAACCCGGAGCACUGUCCCAGCCGGCUGUCCCCGCCAGGGGUGGCAUUCCGAAGGAUGCUGGCAAUGGAGCUGCUGAGCCCUGACUGCCCUCGAGCUGGGCACCCAGACUUCUCUCCCUCUUCGGGGCUGGUGGCCGGACUCUGAGCAACUCCCUGUAUAAAGGGUCAGUCUUCAUCGGUCGUGGCUGGUACUUGGCUCUCAGCCUGUGGUGGCAGCUCUGCUAGCAGCUGGUUCACUCCCACUUCAUCCUGGCAGAAGGCAGUUGCUGAGCUUUGAAAUGUAGCCAACCAAUACCCAGUCUGAUUGCCCGGAUUUGGACAGACCAGCAGUGCUUGCCAGAAUGGUCCGGCCUGCUUGGGGAGAUCCAGGUGGUGUUACAUGUCCAUUUCAUGCUAUGGGGGCACAGUCCCCGCAAAACAAUUUGAGCAGAGCCUUGAUUAAAAGGAAACCCUGCAGA